AUGUCAAUAAAUAAGAAGAAGAAGAACGUUAACUUAACCACACAAAAGUCACAGAUUAACCUUAUUUGUUUACUCUGUGCAAAAGUUUCGUUGUGAAGUUGAACUUUGAAGAUAGUUUUUUUUUGAAUAUUUAAACAAUUUCGUCUUCAUAAGAUGUAUUCGAGACCAAAAAUAGGUGAAACCGAAGAAGAUUUAUUACGUUUACAGGAGGAAUUCGAGAAAAACAAAGCUGAUAACAAGUUCAAACCAUCAGUAAUACCAAUAAAUGAGAACCCCAAAGGUACCAUAAUUAACAGACAGAAUAAUGAAGCAGAUGUUAUAUCAAGAGCAGAUAUUGAAGAACAACUUGCUAAUACAUUUGAAGCAAUCCCAAGUGAUGUAACUCUGAAGACUAUAACAGAGAAAAAAGUAUCAAGUGAGAAACCAGUGCUGAAGUUUCAUAAAGGCAGAGGAUUUCCUCAGGCAAAAAGGAGAGAUAUGACUCUUGACCCUGGUAAAGGUAGCUUAUUUUCCCAACAAAUCAAGAGAAUUAAAAAAGAAGUAUCACCAAUAGAAGUUGAUUCAACUCCCAUGAGUGAAAGUACAAUAUGUAUAGAAGAAUGUAUAGAAAGUUGUCCUGUAGCAAAUAAAAUAACACCAAGAAAUCAAACAAAACAGGAAAACUUGCCUCAAAAGAGCUUUGUGUUAAUGGGCUCUGACAGUACCCAGAUUCAUGAAGAAAAUUUGAACCUGAUGAAACAAAUGUCAGAACAAGAAAUCAUGGAAGAGAGAGAAAAACUCAUUGCCACAAUGGAUCCUGCAAUAGUAGCAUACUUGAAAUCAAGAAGAAAAGCUCAUGAAAAUCAAAAUCCUACUAUUAAAGACCAGAAUGAAGUUGCUGAAGAUAUCAAAGUUGAUGAUAUUGAGUCAACCUCAGAAAUUUUCACACAACCUAAGGCUGAUAAGUGGUUGAAUUUUGAUAUCAUUGAAACCAAUAAGUUGGCUUGGAUGCAGAAUGUCAAUAUACCUGAACUAAAAAAAAUGGAGGAAUUUGAGGCAAGAUUUGAUUUUGAGGGAUGGCUCUUGCCCUAUUCUGAUCCAGAGAUCACUGAGAAAAAUAGAAUAUUAUAUCAUCAUGGAGAAGAACCUGGUAGACCUGGUUAUACAUUACAAGAAUUAUUUCAGUUGUCCAGAUCAAGUGUCAUCCAACAGAAAAUACUAGCCUUGAACAGCAUAGCCAACAUUCUUGCAUUAAAUUCCACAGGCGUUUAUGAUGAAAUCUUGGACAUUCCCAUUGAACAAAUAUUUUUUGUUGUCCGUUUUUGUCUAGACGAUAAUACACCAACAGUGUUGAACGCCAGUAUCAAAGCAAUGAGAAACCUAGUUUUCUCCCAGAUCGAUGAAACUUGCUUGGAUGGUCUUCUAGGAUUCGGCCUAGGCUUAAUUCAUCCAACACUUGCAAUUGAUAAUGACAUGGAAGAUGAUAACACUGUAAAUGAUCAGCAAUUGGCAGAAAGAAAUGUAAUGAAGUGUUUAGUUAGAACUGAGAUAGUGACCAGAAUUAAAUAUAUCUUGAAUACAGUGAAACCACCUCUGGAGACAAUAGUUUACUGUUUGGAUAUCUUGAUGAGGAUAGCUAGAGAUUCGAAAUUUUUGUUUGAAAGGAUACUCGAGUGUGAUGGUCUCCUAGAUAGUAUAAUUGAUAACUUCGUUCCGAAAGUUAUGCUAAGUAAUGUUACCACGGCAUAUGGUGCCCCACUACUUCAGGCAGUGAAACUUUUGAAGAUCCUGUCCUCUCGCAGUAAAAAUAUAGCUGUCCAAUUCAUCUCAAGGUAUAAAGUGUUAGAUUCAUUAGUUCUGUACUUAUCAGAUGAUACAUUCUCAGCUAAUGUCAAUGGAUUACGAUUGCAAACCGAAUGUAUGCAUUUUAUGAUUCUCUUAUUGCAGUAUGAUUUGACGGCAGAUUUUCCAAGCAUUCUUCAGCCAAUAUUAGUCAAGUUGCUCGACUACCAUUUUAAAAACACUAAUCUCGAUAUGAAAACAACUUUCAUCAGAAAUGGACACAUUGCAGCUCUACUGUUAUUAUUAGGAAAGGUUGUAGAGAAAAAUUAUUCAUUUGCAGUGCCCUGCCUGUCUAUUAUCCUCGAGAAAUGUCUACCUAAAUGGUCUGCUCAAUUCAUGAACUUAGAAGAAUAUGCAUGUGGAAAACUACAAAUGAUAUCAGCACUUAUCAGCUGCUUGGCUGCCAUCAGACAAUAUGAGCGAAAUACUGUGACUGAUGAUAUAAUGAAGCAGAUAAUCGGUUCCAAGAGUUUCCUAAAAAUAACGGAUAAAAUCAGGAGUGGGUCAAUGCUUCUAAAUAACUAUGAAACACAUAAAUCGAGCAGUAAUUUGAAGACUUUAGAAGCUGCUUCUUGGAAUGCAAUGGACCAUAUUGUACCAAUCAUUCAGACCAACAGUUGCAUGCCAUUUUUAUGCGUAUUGUCUCAUUAUGUUACUUCAAUAGACAAUUCAGAGGUUAAAAAGGCUUUCCUCAAUCAUCCAAACAUUCAGGAGUAUCUUAAUUCUCUGCAAAAGCUCCAAAAAUUUUACCUGACCAACCAUUGGUUUGCAAGACCUGAAACUGCUUUUCUUAUGAAUGUUCUGAAAUCAUCCGUUUCCGUGAAGGAUUCUCUGGACACUUCAAUUUACUAUGAACUGGCUGUGAAAUCUUUAUGUGUUUUCAAUUCGGAACAAAAAACAGAUAUAGAGUUUUUAUUGGCCAAUAUCAUAUUUUGUUCGAAGUUUUAUCCUAGUGACAUAAUGAUGGCACAUUUGGAAAUAGGUCAAAUAAAUGUUAAUUUGGAGAUAUCUUUGAAUAAUUUGGGAGAAAUUCUGGAGGUUUAUACUCAAGUACUUGGAUUAAAAAAUAAUGUACCAGAUUUUAGUUCUAUUUGUUCCAUAGACAUCAGUAUUGGAAAUGUGAUCCCAAUAGACUGGAUCUACACACCAAUUUUAGUUCUCUAUUCAAAUCAACAAGAAAAUAAAACUACUCUAGAUGAAGCCUUACAGAUUUUCACAAUAAGGAACUGCUUACGAUGGAUAUUAAUUUACGAAACUUAUUUUCCAUAUUUAGUAUCAUCUAUCAAUCCAACUGAUAGAUUUUGUAGACUAGCCUGUGUAUUUUUAGGCAGUGAUAGUUUAUUUUUGACUGAAGAGGUUCAUGGUUUAUUGGAGCUUUGUUUUAAAAAUGUCAUUACAAAGUGUGAAGAAGAUUUGAAUUUUGACAAGGAAAUUCAAGGUUUGAGCAAUUUUCAGGAUUUUUAUACACAACUGUUAGAGCAAUACCAGGGUGUUAGUUAUGGAAAUAUCCUAUUUGGCAAUGUUAUUCUGGUACCUCUGGCUCAAAGGCACAAUACUCAGUUUCGAAAAACUCUUUGGUCAGAGUACAUGGGGGUCGUUCAGAUUCUCAAUGUCACACCUUCACAAUAUCUCGGGAAUAAGGAUCUGUUCUUUGAACCACCUGAAGAAGACUUGUCUCUCCUAAAAUGUUAUAGAAGAGCUAUUGUCAAUAAAGUUGUUAGGCAACAUACAGUAUUAUAUGACAUAGCCAACUAUCACGUUGAAAAAUAUAUCUCUAAGAAGAAAAUUAAUCAACAAUAG